AUGGAGCCUGACGAGUCGACUCUGGAGCAAGAUAUCAUCAACGCCGGCCCUCAAAGCGCGACGCCUCCGUUGCAGAUGAGCGAGCGGCAUGCUGCUCCUGCAGAGGGCGUUUUUGACAAGCAUCGCCAUCUGGUUCAAUGGGUACUCAAUCAUGAUGGAUACCUGGAUCCCAACACCCAAAUAGCUUUUAGCCCGCGCAAGGGCUAUCACGCCGUUGUAGCCGAUGGCGCCACCAUGGCCAACGGAACCCGUAUCGCCAGCUGCCCGAUGCCAGCCACGAUGUCCGUGCUUAAUGCCCUGGAUAUCGAGCCAUUCUCCAACCAUGGAAUUGAGUUCCCGAAGCCUUUCCUAUGUGCACAAUGUAGGAAAUCGCCUGAGUGUUUGCAAGCUUUCUACUUGAUGGAACAAUUGAUCCUAGGAAUUACGUCGUGGUGGGCACCUUACAUUGCCACGUUGCCAACGGUGGACGACGUCACGGCGAUGCAGUUCGAGGAGGAGGCCGACCUGACCUGGCUGAAUGGCACGAACCUCAGGGCAGGCUUGUCUACACAAACAGCAAAAUGGAAGGAAAUGUAUCUGCAAGGCUCGAGUGAGCUGAGGCAACUGGGAUGGGCAAACGCCCUCAACGGUUCCUACACAUGGCCGCGGUUCCGAUGGGCUGCUUCGAUUUUUGGCAGUCGGUCGUUUACUUCCCAGGUCCUUGACGCCACUCUGCCCGCGGAUCUCGCACGUCUAAAGCGCACACCCCAGAAGUACGAGUCAUACGACCUGGUCAAACUCUUUUCCGAUCGCUUUGGAGUACUUUUGCCCUUGCUAGACUUGCUCAAUCACAAGCCAGGGGCUCAAGUGGAGUGGCAAGCACGGUACAACUUCGUCGGUCUACAGAUCCUGGAGUCGUAUGAAUCGGGCCAGGAGCUCUGCAACAACUAUGGGCCACGAGACAACGAAGGUCUUCUCUUGGCCUAUGGCUUCACUAUCGAGAACAACCCAUUCGACCAUCUCGUCAUUAGCAUAAAAGCCCCACCCGCCUCGCCCCUUGACGUGGCUCGGAAGACUUGGAAACAGGAUCUCCGAUCUGAUCCAGAGAGGAGAUGCUUCAUCUUUGACUACAAACACCCUGAGUCAACGUCAGCGAUAGCGUUGGAGUUAUCGCUCUUCUCAUUCGACUUGCUCGACAGCAUUUCCAUUCUGUGCGCUAACGAACGCGAAAUGCAGAGCAUGAAUACAAGGCGGCAGUCACUGAUGAGCUUCUGCCUCCACAACAAAUCGGCUAGAUUCGAGGAUGGCCGCAUCAUUCUUGCGGUGUUGAGUCAGCUAUUACGAGAGUGCUCUGUCCGUGCGGAGCGCCUCAGAGCCACCGACCCAUCUCGGACCGUCCUGGGCCUGAAGCCCGCGAAUGCCAAGCAGCGUAAUGCCAAGAUCUAUCGAGACAGUCAGCUGGAGAUUGUGGAGACAGCGGUGGCUCUGUGCAAGUUCGUACUGAGAUGUGCCAUUGGUGGGACGUCGGGCGACGAGCAAACGUUGGUCGGCCUGCAGAAUGAGGUCCCGGAGGCUGCGUUUGGGAAUCUAAAGAUGCUCGUAGGACGGCAUGGACGACUUACUCGCCCUUUGGAGCUUCUCGAUUGCAACGCCCUUGUCGAGAUGGUCCCCGAUUCAGAUCGGCUCUGGAAGUGCCUAUCUGAGCUAGAACAACAUCUCCUUACAGCGGGCGCCCUUCCCGACUCCAAAAGCCGGCUGGCAGUCGCACUCUCUGCCCUGUACAGUGAGUAUUCUCACGGCGUCAAAUUACCUCAUAGAAUCACGGAGUGGAUGAAGCAGCUGUUGGCCUGGUAUCCUGUGGACCCAACGUCAUGGGCGUAUGUCCCUCCGCCUGGACCGUGGGAACCAGGGGAGCAGCCGCCAAAAGAGCUCAUGAGCCUCCUGACUGCGCGGGAACUCAUGUCGCCCAAGAUGCCCGCGGAGUCCGCUGUUAAGCGAUGGCUCAAGCCAGAGAGGCUAUGUUGGGGAUGGAACGUGAUGGAAGAGGAGAAAGUCCCAGUUCCAUCGAGUAUUGCAGAGCCUGAAAUCGCCGGCAGCCACCAAGAUGGCGGCUCGACAUUAAUCUACUGGCAACGGUACUAG